UUAUUGUGAGAUAGAAAACGAACGAGUCGAGUGCAACAUUUGCGAAUUGCCCCUGCUGCGCGCGUGCACUUUUUAUUAAUCUCCCGUAUAAAUCAGAUAUCGCAGCGCUUUUCUCUCGUGUGCAUUUCAAACGCGCUCCGCUAACACACAAAAAAAAAAAAGAAAGAAAGAAGAGCAAAGCAAAAGGCAAGAGCUUAAAUCGUCGAGAGUGAAAAAAAAACCGAAUAGAAUUUCGAGUAAAAGCAAGCGAAGCUAAGAGCACGAGGAAUAACAGCCAGCGAAGGUGAUCCCAGCGAGUCCAAGACAAAAAGCAGGAACAAGGAGCAACACCAGGUGGUGUGGAGCAGAAGCUGGCGCGUCUGGGGCAGUGACACGUGAUUAGGUGGGAAGCCACAUCCAGUCUUCAGCCAGCCAGCCAGUCAGACAGACAGCAGCAGCAGCAGCGGCGGAACUCCGGAGCAGUCAGCAGUCGAGGACGCAGGCGGGCCAGUCGAAGGAUCGGGCAACCAUGUCUUCGCCGGCGGCGCAGAGCAACAGCAGCAGCAGCCAGUCGCAGUCCGCAGCCCAGCAGCAGCAGCAGCAGAAUCAAAAGGCGAACUCCAACAACACACACGACAACAAGAAUGCAGCGGCGACGACGGGGACAUCGGGGGGAUCGGCUGGUGGGGCAGGAUCCGCUGGAGCUGGGGCGGGCACACAGCAGCAGGGGCAGGGCGGUAGCGGCACCGGAAGCGGUAGCGGACCAUCGAGCCCCACCAAACGCAGCACAAUAUCGACAAAGGAGCGUGUGAUCGACAGCGUGCCAUUUCCGCCAAGUCGCAAACUCACCUGCGCGGAUGUCUUUGACGCGCGGACCGGAAAGCCGCAGCACGAUGUCCUCAAGCAGCACUUCAUCCUGGAGGGCAGGAUCGAGGAGAGCGCCGCCCUGCGCAUCAUCCAGGAGGGUGCCACGCUACUGCGCACGGAAAAGACGAUGAUCGACAUUGAGGCGCCGGUGACGGUGUGCGGCGAUAUCCACGGACAGUUCUACGACCUGAUGAAGCUAUUCGAGAUCGGCGGCUCGCCGGCGACCACCAAGUAUCUGUUCCUGGGCGACUACGUCGAUCGGGGCUACUUCAGCAUCGAGUGCGUCCUGUAUUUGUGGUCGCUGAAGAUCACCUAUCCGCAGACGCUGUUCCUGCUGCGCGGCAACCACGAGUGCCGGCAUUUGACCGAGUACUUCACCUUCAAGCAGGAGUGCAAGAUCAAGUACUCGGAGCGCGUGUACGACGCCUGCAUGGACGCAUUCGACUGCCUGCCGCUGGCGGCGCUCAUGAACCAGCAGUUCCUGUGCGUCCACGGCGGCCUGUCGCCCGAGAUCCAUGAGCUGGAGGACAUACGGCGACUCGACCGCUUCAAGGAGCCGCCCGCCUUCGGCCCCAUGUGCGACCUGCUGUGGUCCGAUCCGCUGGAGGACUUUGGGAACGAGAAGAACUCGGACUUCUACACGCACAACUCCGUGCGCGGCUGCUCGUACUUCUACAGCUACGCCGCCUGCUGCGACUUCCUGCAGAACAACAACCUGCUGUCGAUCAUCCGGGCGCACGAGGCGCAGGACGCCGGCUACCGCAUGUACCGCAAGAGCCAGACCACCGGCUUCCCCUCGCUGAUCACCAUCUUCUCGGCGCCCAACUAUCUCGACGUGUACAACAACAAGGCGGCGGUGCUGAAGUACGAGAACAACGUGAUGAACAUCCGGCAGUUCAACUGCUCGCCGCACCCGUACUGGCUGCCCAACUUCAUGGACGUGUUCACAUGGUCGCUGCCCUUCGUGGGCGAGAAGGUCACCGAGAUGCUGGUGAACGUGCUGAACAUCUGCUCCGACGACGAGCUCAUGACCGAGGAGAGCGAGGAGCCGCUCUCGGACGACGAGGCGGCGCUGCGCAAGGAGGUCAUCCGCAACAAGAUCCGUGCCAUCGGCAAGAUGGCGCGCGUCUUCUCCGUGCUGCGCGAGGAGUCCGAGUCGGUGCUGCAGCUGAAGGGCCUGACGCCCACGGGCGCCCUGCCCCUCGGCGCCUUAUCCGGCGGCAAGCAGUCGCUCAAGAACGCCAUGCAGGGCUUCUCGCCCAACCACAAGAUUACCUCGUUCGCGGAGGCCAAGGGCCUGGAUGCCGUCAACGAACGGAUGCCGCCGCGGCGGGAUGCAACGCCCUCGCCGGCGGAGGAGGGCCAGAAAUCACUGUCAGCCGCGGCAGCAGCAGCGGCCAAUGCAAAUGCGAAUUCAAUCAAUGGAUAAUUCUAAGUCAGUUAGCACCAGCUACAGCUAUAUAACAAGUCAAGUUAGUCAGAUAGUCGGAUCGAAGGGCCGAUGGAUCGAUGGAUCUCUAGAUCCAGGGGAUCGCAGGAUCGUCGGAGGAGCAGGAGGAAGAGGAGAAGGAGGAGGAGGAGGAGCAGCAAUGUCAGUUAGUAGUCGACAAUUAAGCAGCGAACGGUGGGAGGGAGUCAGCUUAACGGUUCGGAGUAGAGGAAUGGUCUCAAGUUCGGCUCAAAGAAGAUACAAAUUGGGCAUACUUACAUACAAUACGGCUAAUUGAAGGAUCAUAAGAUAUAGGAAACGAAGUUGAUCAAGGAUAGUAUGGAUCAAGAUCAAGAGCAGAGACACCACAACAACAACACAGCAAGCGUUAACGAGUACUUAUUGGUAUUAAAUGCAAACAAUUGAAAGCAAAAACACCCCCCUAAAUGGAAGCUAAUUAUAAAGUUGAAUGAUUAUAGAAUUAUAUAUAUAAAUAUAUAUAUAUAUAUCAAAAUUUUGUGCAACGUUAUAUCAAAAGAGCAAAUGUAAAAGCUAAGCAAAAGUUUAAAAACGCCCGGCUUUUGGAAAGGAGUUGACAAGGAGCAGUAGACAGAUGCAGUUGCAAGUUGCGCGCAUUCCCCAAAUUUAAAAAAAGAAAAAGAAAAACGAUUUAAAACCAAAAAACUUAAUGCAAGCAAAUUAGGUAUUUCAAUUAUUUGCUAACAAAUUAUAAAACGAAUCGAAAACCAACUCAUCACUGUAAAGUCAAACUAAACGAAGUGACAAAAGGUAAAGAGAACUAAAUCUAGCAUCUAAACUGAAGCAAAAAAGCUAAAGGAAUUCUACUACUUUCGUUGUGUGGCGUCUGCGGCGACUUCUUCUCAAACCGAAAAAAACAAAAAAUUCAAUAAAACAAAUAAUAUAAUGAAACAACUUCCUACUACUACAACAACAACAGCAGCAGCAGCAACAAUAUUUUACUAUAAUAUUUUAAUACAAGAACAAGAAACGACUGAAUCUCUCUCUAUCUAUCUAACUAUCCGACUCUUUCUCUCUCGCACACACAACAUCAAACAUUAAACAUCAAACAUUGAACACUGAAAACCACACACACAAAACAUAUACACACACCAACAAGCGGGGUGAUGAUCCAACUCAAAGUUGAUCGUCCCCUGCCGAUCGCCGAUCGUUAAAUCUCGAUCAGUUAUCGUUUAUCGUCGCCAUUGUCGCCUCACACUCUCUCUCAUCUGGUGAUUGUGUAUGUGGUCUUUAUAUACGUGCCAUCUUUGUAGUAGUCAUUAGCUGAAUAUAUAACACUAGUUUACAGCCAAAGUGUCCCAAGAAGGAUGACGGUAGUUCCUGUUAAAGUUGGACCCCGAGAUCACGAAAAAUAAGUUACAAUUAAUUUAAAUUGGUUAGUAUUUUUAAAGAUUUUUUUAAGAACAUUUUUUUGGUGUCUUGGAGUUUUUAAUUCAUCUCGAGUUACGCUUUACCAUUUUAGGUGAUAAGUUUUAGUUCACAACUAUAAUGUCACCUCUUAAUUUUGCCGAAUAAAUGAAUAUACUCAAUGUAGCCUAUUCAUUUAUUGGGCAAAACUUAGGGGUAACAUUCUAGUUGCAAACUAAAACAUAUAUCACCUAAAAUGGUUAAGCGCAACUCCAAGUUAAAUUAAAAACACAAAGACACCAAAAAAGUUUUCUUAAAAAAAUCAUUAAAAAAAUGUAUCCAUUAAAAAUAUUUGUGACUUCUUUUUCGUGAUCUACCAUCAUCAUUCUUGGUGCAGGUUCUAAAUAUUAUUUUGUAAACUAGUGUAGUUAAUACAUUUGCAUGGGCCGCAGCGAUGCAGGCCCCAGUGCUGAGCCACCCCACCACCUCCAGCCUGCCACCAAUCGAACUAAUCGUUGAUCGAAGUUAUCGAAAUAAUCGAAUCUCAAGGCGCGUCGAUAGGCUGCCCCCAUUCUUCCUCCCCGUUACCUUACCCUCCAGCAUUUGCGCCUGCGUCGUCGUCGUAGUCGCGUGCAAAUCCUUUUUAUACUUAAUGGAGUUUUAGUUACUUUUUAAAGUCAAUGAGAUAAAAGAUGUAGAGAAGAAAUAAAUGGGGGAUACGAGUAUGAACAGAGCGGAUAAGUAAUGAAGCCUAACUAAAGAUGAUGUAAUUAACGUGUGCAAAGGGAAUUUUGUUAUUUCUUAAAUUUUUUUAUAUUUCUUGUUAUCGUUUUUAUAAUUUGUAUUUAUUGUAAACUAUUUAUAUAUACAUAUAUAUAUAUAUAUACACACACAAUCAGCAACACACAUAAUAUAAAUACAUAAAUAUAUAUUUAUAAACUAAAUUGUUGUUUCUACUUCAUUAUUGUUUACUACACCUUUUUCUAUAAGCGUUAAGUAAUUUAAUUAAAUGAAUUUAAUAAAAUGAAAAAUUAAACAAACAAAAAACCGCCUGCAGCCAAACAAGGCCAGGCAAAACGUUUUCUUAAACAAAAAUAAUUAUAUUCUACAAUAAGAAGUAAGGGAAUAAUCAUUAACAACAAAAAACAAAAACCGAACUAUGUGAAUUACCUAUUAAGUUUAAAUUAUACAACAGCAACAUGAUGAAGAUUAAACCAAAUAACGUUUACAACCAUUAACAAAAAAAAAUAUGUUGAAACCAAAAAAAGCAAAACAAUUGUGCAGCAUGCAAAAACAAAAAAAAAAAACAAUUUUUCAAAUUCGACAAGACAACAAACAAACCCAAUUUAAAGUUUAAAGAAAAUGUAAUACAAAAUGCAAACUUAUAGCAAUUUGAAGUACUUUAUAAACAAAUAUACAUACAUACGCCUAAGAGAACGUAUAUACACAUAUUUAUAUAUAUUUGAAAUAGUUAAGGGUCGAAGUUGGUACUACGAUUAUACGCACGGCCUAUUGGCAAAUGAAACUUUAUCGUUAGUCCACCCAUUGGGGUGAUAACUCUCGGUUUUAGUCGGCAAUCACUAAUUAAUUACUAAUUUGCAAAUAGGAAUGUAACUACGAUUAUUGGGCAACAAUUGGUUAUCGAUAAACUUGUAUUUUGGCCGAUAGGCCGUGCGUAUAAGCCAAGUAUGAGACGAAAAGAGAUGGAGAUAAAGAGCGAGCGGCAGCUAAUCGAAUAUGACAAGAAAAAGCAAAAGCGAAAUGCAAAAUGCAAAAGUGCAGCAGCAAUCAGAAAAGGCAGUUAAAAGUCGAUGACAAAUUCAAAUUAAGUUUAUAAGCACCCUUGAACACAGCCACCCACACACACACACAGAGACGCAGCAUUGCUUUUUGCGAGCGAGAGGUAUGGAAAGCAUAAAGCAUGCUUGGCGUGCAAAAUCGAAAAGCAUGCUUGGCUACGUUUUCUUGCCAUUUUUCAAUUUCCGCUUCUUCCUCGCGUGUUUUUUGCCUUUGCGCGGGUGCCCAUGCGCAGCAGCAGCUACGUCAUCAUGCAGUUAAUGGUUACAGAUGAUUUACAUUUAUAUAUAUUUACAUAUAUAUAUAGUAUAUAUAUCCAUAUACAAUAUAAACCGAUCUAAAGUUAAGCGUUUCACAGACAACAAUUUACAAGACGUUUAUGCAUUUCGAUUCAAUGAAAAACCAAGAAUAAUACAAAUAUUAUAAACAAUAAUUACAGCCGAUAAAGGAUUACAGCAAACAAGCUCUUACUAUUAUUUUUAAAGUAAAUGAGACAUUUUUAAUAAAUUACCGCAACCCAUAUACAUAUGUAUAGCAUAUAACUGAAUACCUUUCUCCUCCAACGUUCCCACAAUGCAAAAGAAAAAAAGAAAGCAAAAUGGAAAACCAAAAUAAAAACAAAUUACAAAUUAG